AUGAGUAAGACGCACCCUCCAGAGCUCAAAAAGUACAUGGACAAGGAAAUGGAUCUGAAACUCAAUGGAAAUCGUCAGGUGUCUGGAAUCCUUCGCGGUUUCGACCCAUUCAUGAACAUGGUCAUCGACGAGGCCGUCGAGUAUCCAAAGAGUGGAACUCCAAUCAAUCUUGGAAUGACCGUCAUUCGCGGAAACUCUGUUGUAAUCAUGGAACCAAAAGAGCGUAUCUCCUAA